CUAUAUCCAUGUGUAGUGUGCAGUAAGAGGUUCAGUCAAAAGAGUGACCUUAAAAUACAUCAAAGAACAGACACAGGGGGGAAAACCUUCUAUAUGCAUAGACUGCGGAAAGAGCUUCAGGGAUAGUGGAAGCCUUACGGAUAAUGAAAGAAUCCAUACAGGGCAGACUCUAACUGUAUAAAUGGAACGAGGAAAGAAUUUGAGAAGGAUUGUUGGACACACAGGGCAGAAAUCACUGAAGUGUAAGGAGUGUGGAAAGACUUUCAGCACAACCACUGACCAUAAAAGACAUCUGAGAACUCUCACGGGGGAGAAACCAUAUAAAUGUAUGGAAUGCAGAAAGAGCUUCAAUAUGACCAGUAGCCGUAAUGCACAUCAGAGGAUGCACACAAGAGAGAAAUCUUUUGAAUGCGUGGAGUGUGGAAAGUGCUUCGGGCAUGGUACUGAACUUACUGAACAUCAAAGAAUCCACACAGGAGAGAAACCAUACGCAUGUAUGGACUGUGGAAAGAGCUUCAGAGUAAAUUCUUACCUUAGAAUACAUCAAAGGACCCACACAGGGGAGAAACCAUAUGCAUGCACGGACUGUGGAAAGAGCUUCAGUGUAAGUUCUAACCUUUGGAAACAUCAAAGAAUCCACACAGCAGAAAAACCUUAUGAAUGCCUGGAGUGUGGAAAGUGCUUCAGAAUGAGGCAGGGUCUUACUUUACAUCAAAAAACACAUACAGGAGAGAAACCAUAUAAAUGCAUGGAGUGUGGAAAGAGCUUCAUUGAUGGCAUUCAACUUACUCUACAUCAAAGGACCCACACAGGGGAGAAACCAUAUGCAUGUAUGGACUGUGGAAAGAGCUUCAGAGUAAGUUCUCACUUAAGGAUACAUCAAAGAACCCACACAGGGGAAAAACCAUAUAAAUGCAUGGAAUGUGGAAAGAGCUUUAGUCAAAGUCCGCACCUUAUUAUACAUCAAAGGACCCACACAGGAGAGAAACCUUAUGAAUGCAUGAAGUGUGGAAAGAGCUUCAAGGAGAGCAGUAAACUUAGUCUACAUCAAAAAAUCCACACAGAAGACAAACCAUAUAAAUGCACUGCAUGUGGGAAGAGAUUUAGACGAAGUCACCAUCUUGCUCAACAUCAAAGAACUCACACGGGGGAGAAACCUUACGAAUGCAUGGAAUGUGGAAAGCGUUUCAGUGACAGCACUGGCCUUACUUGUCAUCAAAGAACCCACACAGGGGAAAAACCAUAUCCAUGCAUGGAGUGUGGAAAGAGAUUUAGUCAAAGCCCGCACCUUGCUCAACAUCAAAAAAUCCACACAGGAGAGAAACUAUAUAAAUGCAUUGAGUGUGGAAAGUGCUUCAGUAACAGUAGUCAGCUUCGGUGCCAUCAAAGAACCCAUAGAGGGGAAUAACCACAGAAUUGUAUAGAAUAUUGAUCAAGCUUCAUUCAUCCAAGGCCUUUACUCAAGAUC